AUGGAUUCGCCUUUAUGGAUUAGAGUUGGAGGUAGAUUGACCAGAGUAUCAGAUCAGUCAGAUCAGAUAUCUGAUCAGAGGGAUAUAGACUCACAGAUAGUUACCGUUAACCAGUUUGCCGCAGCCACGACUUCUAUCCAGGAGGCUUUAGCUAGCCUUGGCCAGAGGAUAGAUGGGCAGCAGGCCCAACAGGUUCUAGUUCAAGAGGAUACCCAAUUUGAUACCAUGUACCACCACCACCUUCGCACAGGGAAGAAGCCUUCAGGAGGACAGAGAUCAGGAGAUGUUGGUGUUAUCAGUUCAACAGGGAUGAGGCCUCCUAGAUGCUAUCAGACAGUUGGGCAGACUCUUGGGUUCUACUAUCCACCCUCACCUCAUGCGCAUUACAGGCCGCCUGCUCCUUCCAGACCUAUGACUCCUACCUAUCUACAUCCAGUCUCACAGCCUGUUUUUGCUGCACAUGUCACAGAGAGGCCUCCUGUCCCAUAUACUCGACCCCGAGCUCCACAAACCACUACUUAUGUGCAGAGGCCACCACGUCAAUUUGCCCAACUGGGUAUGCCUUUGAGUCGAGCUUUUCAGAAGCUCGUAGAGGGUGGAUUAUUGAUUCCAUUAGCAUCCAAGCCUUUACCCCAGCCCAUACCACCUCGCUUUAGGAUGGACUUACAUUGUUCCUACCAUCAGGGACUAGGGCAUGACACGGACCAUUGCACUGCUUUGAGACAUGCUAUUCAGGACUUGAUAGACCAGGGUUUAGUCAACUUGGGGCAGCCAAGUGUGACUACGAACCCUCUUCCUGCUCAUUCUACACACGCAGUGUCUCCAUCUCCAGGAGAUAUUCAUCACAUGGACCUUAUAGAGGAUGACAAUAUACACAUGUUGAGUUGGGAUGAUGGAUUACCCAAGCCGAUUGUUUUGCAUGACAGUUAUAAGGUUGAUGGGGUUUCAGUGGUCCCUCAGGCUCCUACACCAUUCAAUUUGAUCCCAGACGAGACACCAUUCCAGUGUACUCAUCCCACACCCUUGAUUAUUGGAUGUCAGGAUACUUUUAUCCUGUUCACUUUAUGGCCAGAGGAUGAUGAUUCAGAGGGGAGGGAGAUACAGAUUGUGACUCAUAGUGGGAGGAUAGCUCAGCCACCACCACCAGCAGUCAGACCAUUUGAGGGUGCAACCUCUCAUGAGGAGGUUAGGAGAGAGGAUGAUGAAGUUUUGAGACAAUUACAGAGCACUCAGACCCGUAUUUCUAUCUGGAGUUUAUUAGCAUCAUCCAGUACUCAUAGAGAUGCUUUGAUUCGAGCCUUGAGUCAGAUUAGAGUAGAGAAUACUACCACUCCCGAGAGAUUGAUUCAUAUGAUGACGGCCGGUAGGGCCACUUGCAUUGUGUUUUCAGAUGACGACUUGCCACUUGAUGGUUUAGAUCACGUGCGCCUUCUAUAUAUCACAGUUGGAUGUUCAGGCCGUAGAGUCCUGUCUGUCCUACUGGACAACGGCUCAGCCCUGAAUGUUUACCCUUUAGCCACUGAUAUAACCCUUGGUUUCGCGCCUUCAGAUUUUGGUCCUUCUACUCAGACAGUCAGGGCGUCUGAUAGCACCAAGAGGGAGAUUAUGGGUACCUUGAUGAUUGAUUUGCAAAUUAGUCCAGCAACAUUCUCCAUUUUGUUCCAGGUUUUGAGGAUUCCUACAUCCUUUAACCUACUACUAGGUCGACCAUGGAUUCAUAUAGCUGGAGCUAUUUCUUCUUCCCUUCAUCAGAAGGUGAAGUUUAUUCAUGAUGAGCAGGUCAUCACAGUGCGCUCUACCAGGGAUAUAUUUACCGUUUCUGAGCCAAUACUUCAGAUCAGUCACAAUGAGGAUGACCUACUUCUGACUAGAUUUACUUUUGAUGAGAUACAGACUCUCGAGAUUGAGGAUUUUUGCAGAGAUUUUGUAGCUAUGUCUUUUGAUCAGCAUAGCAGCACAGUGGUCCUUGAUAUGAUGAGGGGUAUGACCUUUCUACCUGGCACGGGUUACAUGGCGCGGCUGCGUAGGGAGAGGGUGAGGGCUCGUUUAUCCCACACACCAUUUGAUUGUCCCAUUCGACCUUAUAGGAUGAGUUUGGCCGACUACUUUGUCAGAGGAUCAGAGAUUCGACCUCGUCUAGGGGAGAUCGAUAGUGUGGUUCAUACAGAUAGAGAGACUGAUCUUCAGCAUUUAUUUCACCAGCUACAGUUGAGUGAUGGAGCUCCCAACACUUCUUUCCCUAUGACGAUUACUCCCACGUCUCCAGAUCGAGCUAGCAUGUUGUCUCUAUACUUUCUAGAGGAAAUCAAUGAUGAUGGGGUGAUUGUUGAUUCUACUGAGAUGAGUACCAUGAUGAGAUGGAGUUGUUUCCCAUGA